AUGUCUUCUAACAGAGAACAAGUUUUUCCAACGCGUAUGACGCUUGGUCUGAUGAAGAACAAGUUGAAAGGUGCCAACCAAGGUCACUCUCUGUUGAAGCGUAAGUCAGAAGCAUUGACUAAGAGAUUUCGUGACAUCACCAGAAGAAUCGAUGAUGCUAAGCAAAAAAUGGGUCGUGUUAUGCAGACUGCCGCUUUCUCCUUAGCAGAAGUCACUUAUGCAACCGGUGAGAAUAUCGGCUACCAAGUGCAAGAGAGUGUCUCUCACGCCAGAUUCAAGGUCAAGGCACGUCAAGAAAACGUCAGCGGUGUGUAUUUGCCUCAAUUCGAGAGCUUCAUUGAGUCUGAGAUAAACGACUUCAAAUUAACUGGUCUUGGUCGUGGUGGUCAACAAGUCCAGCGCGCAAAGGAAAUAUACUCCAAAGCAGUGGAAACUCUUGUAGAAUUAGCAUCAUUGCAAACUGCGUUCAUUAUUUUGGAUGAAGUCAUCAAGGUGACUAACAGAAGAGUCAAUGCCAUUGAGCAUGUUAUCAUUCCAAGAACUGAAAACACUAUUGCCUACAUUAACAGUGAAUUGGAUGAAUUGGAUAGAGAAGAGUUUUAUAGAUUGAAGAAAGUUCAAGAGAAAAAGCAGCAACAGACUGCUGAGCUUGACGCCCAGAUGAAACAAAAGAGACUCGAAGAAGAGGAAGCAAAGAAGGAUGAAGACGCUCAACAAGCUUCGAAAGGCGAAGACACCAAAGAGAGCUCCAAAGAGCAGACAGCGUCCACAGUAGAAGAGCAGAAAGCUGAGGAUACUGCUGAUUUGCUUGCAGAUCAAGAGGAGGAUGUUAUUUUCUAA